AUGGUGUCUCGAACAAAAGGAUUUUAUGCACGCGACUAUAGCCUCUGGUUAGGCUGGAAUAAUAUGCGAUAUAUUAUCGAGGCAGCCGUCCUCCAUGGACGUAUUCUGAACCGUACUACAAUUAUACCAACAUACGUGUACGCUCGUGCCUGUGAAUUUGACGUCUCCGUAUGCGCUGCGUAUGCUACCAUGGUUAAUAGGGGUGACGCAACCGGCUCAAAUGAGUGGCGUCAACUCCCCAUAGAACAGCAAAUGGCCUGGAGAAUACCUGUGUCUCUCAUGUUCAACUUGACCCAUCUACGUGAGAGACAUGCAGUCAUCACAGUGUCAGACUAUCUCCGCUUGCACAACAUAUCGGUUGAUGUGGAAACAACCAACGGACAAUGGGACACCGAUUUAUAUCAUCGCGGCGUUGACAUCUUCUCCGAUAGUCCAGUGGAACCCAGCCUUUACGCCAUUAAGAAUGAGUGGUAUGACGCCGGAAAUGUUGUUCGGGUUGAUCAACUGCCACAUAGUAUGCGGGAGAGAGGGGGAUGGAACAUCACUCAUGAACAAGUUGGAUCGGCUAUCACGGAAGAAACCCCUCUAUCACUGGCGUUGCAUGACGCGAUGACAUCCGGAACAUCGGUUCUCGAUUGGGAAACCACCCUCAGAGUUGUGGGAGAUGAUAACGAGGUUGAGUCGUCGUCGGGUGGCGGUAUCGCAAGGAUUUUGGCAGAAAAUGGCUGGGAAGUACUUUAUACUUAUGGCGGCGCCUGUGGCUCAGGCGCAACGAAAGAUGUCACGGUUCCAAUCCGACAAGCAGUCCCACGAAGCUUACUGCGUGGAUUAUACGAAGACUUUGGGUUCAUAGAGCAGGAUGUACUUCUCCUAAAUGGUGAAGUUCAUUUGUUCCGGAAACCGGGGGCCCUCAGGUUCACCACUAUUGAAAGUCGAGAAAGAUACACCCAGACAGUCCUGUAUGAUUUUCGCCUCACAGACAAUGUGGUCGAACUGGCGGAUCAGCUGUUUAAUCGCAUGGUCGAGAAGGCCGGUGGACGAAUGUGGAUGGCAGCUCAUAUGCGACGGGGGGAUUUUGCAAGGUUGAAUUGGGUCAUGGAACAAAGCUUCGAAGCUCAUCUUGCGCGGGUCAAGAGCCAUCUACGCGACGGACGUGAUAUCCUACAUUCUGUGCAUCGCGGGCCUCUCCUCGCCUACAAGGUUCCUUUUGGUCAAGCUGAUCGCUCGCCUCUACUUCUAGAACCUCCCGCAGUUCAUGACAAAUUCUACAUCGCCACUGACGAACGCGAUCCCACAAACCUCGCAUACCUGCGUGAUCAAGGUGCCAUUUUGAUCACGGACCUCCUAACGAUAGACGAUCGUCGAAACUUUGGAUGGCCUCUCAUGCUUACCGACGUCCUCAGUCUGGUCGAGCAGGCAACGCUAGCCCGUGCAGCGUACUUCUAUGCUCAUGCGCACAGUUCGGUCGCUGGCGGUGUCGUGAAUCUUCGUGCUUCUUACGGAGCUGAUCCAAGAACCGCAUUGCUGGACACUUGA